GUGAGGACGAAAUUUCCACACCCUCAUGCAAAUAAUCCACAGAGACCUCUGUCUGAACACAUGUGCAGGAGGCCUUCCUGGAGAAAGAGUGUGGCCGGGUCACUCCUGUUGGGGGAGAGGAAAGUUAGUGUCACAGGCACUGCUGAGGACAGAAAAGACCAGAGUGAUCACGCCUGUCAUAUGCAGAGCCAGGGACCUGCUUUUGCAUGAGAAUGGAAACCAAAGCAGUCUUACCUGCUUCCCCAGUGGGAGCUGACCCAUGAGAACCACUGGUGCAAUUAGCAGAAUGCCACCGCCUGAGACCUUCCCAUCCCCUCAGUUUCCCCUUAGCUGUAGCCCUGCACUCCCUGGCUGUCUCCUGCUCUUCGUGACUCUUAGGCUGUACCCUGUGACUCCACACACACGCAGCCUCUCUCUGCUGUCCAUGCAGCUCCAUAAAUGUCACCCUGGGAGCCCACAACAUCACGGAGCAAGAGAAGACCCAGCAGGUCAUCCCUGUGAAAAGAGCCAUGCGCCACCCAGCAUAUGAUUCUAAGAGAUUCUUCAAUGACAUCAUGCUGCUGCAGGUGAGGCAAAGUCCUGCUGAUCUCACUCUACUGGUCCCCUUGGCCCUCCCACUGUGACGCUGUCCCUUCUUCCCUCCUUUCCAUCCUGCUUCGCCUCAGAAGAGGGGAAAUAGCUCAGCGUCAGCAUGGCACCAGGCCCAGGAGGCCACUGGCUGACCUGGGCUUUCUUGCCUCUACCCCACCAGCUGGAGACAAAGGCCAGGCGGACUGCAGCCGUGCGGCCCCUCAAGCUGCCCAAGCGCAUGGGCUUGGUGAAGCCAGGAGAGGACUGCAGUGUGGCCGGCUGGGGCCGGACUGUCCUGGGGAACAAAAACCCAGACACGCUGCAGGAGGAGAUGCUCACCGUGCAGCAGGACAGGACGUGUGAAUCUCUCUUCCGCCGGAAUUACCGCAAGGCCACGGAGAUGUGUGUGGGGGACCCAAAGACAACAAAUACCAUUUUCAAGGGGGAUUCCGGUGGCCCCCUGGUGUGUAAGAAGGUGACCCAGGGCAUUAUGUCCCGUGGAAAAAUAAUUGGGACCCCUCCAGUAAUAUUCGUGAAGAUCUCACGUUUUCUGACCUGGAUAAGGAAAACAAUGAAGCGUAGCAGACAAAGGAAGGCACAAGACUGACGUCCUCUGAGCUGGACCAUCUUUUCUGGGGCAGAGGCGAGAAUCCCACAGAGGUGGGCAGUGGGAUCCCAGGAGUGCAAUAAAUGGA